CCCUCGUGAUGUCGCUACUUCGGGUGUUGUUGGUUUUGGCGACGGUGGUUGCGUCUGAUGCUGCGUCCCGUCCUUUGUGGGACUCGCUCGCCCGUUUGCAACCGGUGACGGAGGAAUCACCGCAGGCAGCCGCCGUGCAGGAGCUGUUGGAGCGGCUGCUGGGCCCACGGGCUGCCUCUGCUUUCUCCGUCUCGGUCAACCGGUCUUUGGCCGGGCCCGGCGGGCUCGAUACCUACCGCCUGCGAUCUGGGGCUCUGGGGGUGAUAGAGGUCGCUGGCUCGACUGGAGUGGCCGCUGCGUCGGGGGUCUAUCGCUAUCUGAAGGAUUUCUGCGGAUGCCACGUCUCCUGGUCCGGUUCGCAGCUCCGACUACCAGACCGCCUGCCUCCGGUACCCACCGAGAUCAUCGUCACCAGUCCCAACAGGUUCCGCUUCUAUCAGAAUGUCUGCACCCAGAGUUACUCAUACGUCUGGUGGAACUGGGACCGCUGGGAGCGAGAGAUCGAUUGGAUGGCACUCCAUGGCAUCAACAUGGCAUUGGCGUUCACCGGGCAGGAAGCCAUCUGGCAGCGGGUGUAUUUGUCCCUGGGUCUAAACCAGUCUGAAAUUAAUGAAUAUUUCACAGGCCCAGCUUUUCUGGCUUGGAACCGGAUGGGGAACCUGCAUACCUGGGCUGGGCCACUCCCGCUUUCAUGGCACCUGAAGCAACUCUACCUGCAGUACAGGAUCCUGGAAAGGAUGCGGACCCUCGGAAUGCUGACGGUGCUGCCUGCCUUCUCUGGACAUGUCCCUCAUGGGAUUUUGAGGGUUUUCCCUCGGGUCAACGUCACACGGUUGGGGAGCUGGAGUCACUUUGAUUGCACCUACUCCUGUGCCUACCUCUUAUCACCUGAAGACCCCAUGUUCCAGGUCAUUGGGACCCUCUUUCUAAAGGAACUGAUCAAGGAGUUUGGAACAGAUCAUGUGUAUAGUGCCGACACCUUCAAUGAGAUGCGCCCGCUCUCAUCCAAUCCGGCCUACUUGUCCAAGGUCAGCGCAGCUGUCUUCCGCUCCAUGACGGGAGCUGACCCCAGUGCCCUGUGGCUGAUGCAGGGUUGGCUUUUUCAACACCAGCCUGACUUCUGGCGGCCUCCACAAGUCCAAGCCCUCUUGCAUGGUGUGCCUCUUGGCAGGAUGAUAGUGCUGGAUCUUUUUGCAGAAUCCAAGCCUGUCUUUUCAUGGACAGACUCCUUCUAUGGGCAGCCUUUCAUCUGGUGUAUGCUUCACAACUUUGGGGGGAAUCAUGGCCUUUUUGGCACAGUGGAAAGCAUAAACCAGGGUCCUUUCAAGGCUAGAUCCUUCCUCAACUCUACCAUGGUGGGUGUUGGCCUGACCCCUGAAGGGAUUGAGCAGAACGACAUAAUGUAUGAGCUGAUGACAGACCUGGGCUGGCAGAGGGAGCCGUUGGAUCUUCAGCAGUGGACAGCCAAGUAUGCUACUCAGCGCUAUGGCACUACAAACACACAGGCCACGGAGGCAUGGCAACUGCUGCUCCGAAGUGUCUACAAUUGCUCAGGAGUGUGUGUAAACCAUAACCAUAGCCCGCUUGUGCACCGUCCUUCUUUGCGCAUGGUCACAGACCUGUGGUACAACAAGAGUGAUGUCUAUGAAGCCUGGCGGCUCUUGCUUAGCUCAGCCAGUGAGCUUGGUGCCAGCAACACUUUCUGCUAUGACCUGGUGGAUGUGACACGGCAAGCUAUGCAGCAGCUGGUGAGUGAUUAUUAUUUGGAGAUCAAGCAGGCUUUCCAAAACCACACGCUCUCCCGCCUCCUAAUGACAGGUGGUGUCUUGGUCUAUGACCUCCUCCCAGAAUUGGACAAUCUCCUAUCCAGUGAUGGGCGUUUUUUGUUGGGCUUUUGGCUGGAAGCUGCUCGCAAUGUAGCCACCAGUGACAGAGAGGCAGAAUUGUAUGACCUCAACGCACGCAACCAGCUGACUCUCUGGGGGCCCAGUGGCAACAUCUUGGACUAUGCCAAUAAGCAGUUUGGAGGGUUGGUGCUUGACUAUUAUGGUGUGCGCUGGAGUCUCUUUGUAUCCACUUUGGUGGAAUGUCUCAACACUGGAACACCUUUCCACCAGAACCAGUUCAACCAAGCAGUCUUUCAGGUGGAAAGGGGAUUUAUUUACAAUGGGAAACGAUACCCAGCCAAGGCAACUGGCAGUACACUGGAGAUAGCCACAAAGAUAUUUCUGAAGUAUUACCCUUCUGCCAUGAAGCAUGUAUAUUGAAGAGCUGUGUGAUCCAGUGGGAGGGGACCUGUUCUUAGCCCUUUGGACCAUCAGUGCCACCACUGGGCUGGUCUUGUGUGGUGCUCUAAGUGAGCCAGACUUGACUGUGACCAGUUAACCAAAGGACUCUCUUGAAUGGCUGUUUUAGUGUCCAGGUUGAACUGAAGCUAGCAGUGGGACAAAGAUACUACUCUAAAAGGAUGCCGGGAUGAAGGUCUACCUGGAAACGUUGCUAUUUGACUUGGAAAUCUUGCGACUGCUCCCAAUGGGUGGAAUCAGGUUGGGGUUGAUGUUUACUGUUAAGACUGCAGCAUAAGACUCUGGAGUCACUGAUCUCCAUAAGUGACUUGUUUCACAGCUGGCUCAAAUUGAGCCCAGAGACAUGUAGGGUGUAAAUGGCUCUAUUGCUUUAGAAUCGGGAAGCUAUGGGUCAUCACAAAGCAUUCCCAUCAGCUCCUUGCCCGAGAACAUCUUAGCCUCGUCCUCUUCCACCACCGCAGAUCAACCAAUGUA